GCAUUAACGAAGUGAUGACUUAUGCGAGUGUUUGAUGUUUUAUGUCAAGUCAUGCCUCGUAUGACAGCGUAAGUGAAGUCUUCGUCAAACAAUACGGCAUUUGAUCGAAAAUGGCGACCGCUAUGUGUGUCGAUAACAGCGAUGGCUUUGAUCUCCAGAAGAAUAAGUCACUCAACAACAAGUAUGCCGUUAACCACAACCACACGAACAACAAAAAUGAGGAUCAGUUGGACGAGGAGUCGGUGACCGCGAAGGAGACGAAUAUCAUUCAAACGGGUCUUGAGAUGAGUCGCAACGGAAAGGCGAACGAACUGGCGGAUCUGAUCCGAAGUGUCCGUCCGUUUCUGAACCGCAUAUCGAAGGCAAAGGCGGCGAAACUGGUGCGACAACUGGUGGACCUAUUCCUGGACAUGGAGAAGAAGACGGGACAUGAGGUGCAGUUGUGCGAGGAGUGCAUCGAUUGGGCCAAACAGGAGAAGCGCACGUUUCUGAGGCAAUCA